UAAAGGUGUGGCUGCGCGUUCACUUGAAGACGCGGAAGCGGCUCAUUCGCGACUCGCGUCUGUCAUCUUUGUUACUAGCAAUUUUUUGACUCUUGCUAACCGUAGAAGUUUGUAACAGAGUCUUUUCUCCAGGAUGGCGCUCCCACCGCAGCUGAAACCAAUCCAGCACCAUUUAAGAACAGCGCAGGAACACGACAAAAGAGAACCGGUGGUCGCUUAUUACUGUCGACUUCAUGCCAUGCAGACAGGAAUGAAACUAGAUAGCAAAACUCCAGAGUGCCGAAAGUAUCUUGUGAAACUAAUGGAUCAAUUGGAAAUGAUGAAGAAGGAGCUCAGUGACAAUGAAUCCAUCUCGCAGGAAAUAGUUGGCAAUGCCCACAUUGAGAAUUACGCCUUGAAAAUGUUCCUCUACGCAGACAGCGAAGAUCGAUCAGGACAUUUCCACAAGAAUAUGAUCAAGUCCUUCUACACCUCGAGUCUUCUGUUUGAUGUGUUGAGUGUCUUUGGCGAAUUAUCAGAUGAGAACAUCCAGCACAGGAAGUAUGCAAAGUGGAAGGCAGCCUACAUCCACAACUGCCUGAAGAAUGGUGAGACUCCGCAGCCAGGUCCUAUUGGAAUGGAGGGGGAAGCAUAUGAUGAUGAAUUCGGUGCCGAGGUUGGUGGUCCUUCACAAGAGCCUCAAAAUCUACCCCAUUCUCAGCCUUCUUUCCACGGCCAUCCAUCAAAUCAACCCCCAGUGUCCAAUUUCAGUAAUAUUCAGAUACCUCCUGGGUCACACGCCCCAGCCAAUACACCUGCAGAGGUUCCCCAUCCAGAAGCAGAGCCCGUCAAACCAGUGCCUGUUCCACGAACCAUGCCAGUGGUUGAUCCUUCACUUCUAAACAAUACCCAGGAAGGUGAUAUGCGGCUGACACCAGAAGACUUUACUCGGGCUCAGAAAUACUGUAAAUACGCCGGCAGUGCACUGCAAUAUGAGGAUGUGGGCACUGCCAUCCAGAAUCUGCAGAAGGCACUGAUGCUACUAACCACUGGCAAAGAAUGAGACCAUUGUGCUGUCCUCCCUAAAACCACGUGUCAGAGAUCUGGCCCAGAGAAGCUGAAAAAGGACCUUUCCCUAGCCCCAUCUGUAUCAAAAAGAAACACUCCAAAGGAUGAA